AUGGUGCAAUCCACUGUCCAAUUUGGUGGUUUGCCUUCUGAAGACCCCCAUAUGCACUUGGCGAAUUUCUUGGAGUUGUGUGAUACCUUCAAGUAUAAUGGGGUGAGCGACGAUGAAAUCAGAUUUGGCUCAGAAAUUCCUUGUCAAGUUCUUCCUCCAUCAAAAGAUGCUAAAUUGAGAUGGGAGAUUAAUAAUGUUUAUCAGCUGGAUGGUGAAUCUUUGUAUGACUCUUGGGAAAGGUUCAAGGAGCUAUUGAGAAAAUGUCCCCAUCAUGGUAUAGAACAGUGGAUGUUAGUCCACAAUUUUUACAACGAGUUGUGUGAUACAACAAGAACAAUUAUUGAUGUUGCAGCUGGUGGGGCAUUCAUGAAUAAGAGUGCCAAUGAAGCUUAUGAAUUGCAAGAGGACAUGGCCACAAACAAUCAUCAGUGGUCUGAUGAGAGGUCAUCUGGGGUUAGAAAGGUAGUUGGGGUACAUGAACUUGAUGCAAUUACUGCUCUUACAGCACAAGUAGCCUCGUUGACAAAACAAUUGCAGCAGGAUACUGUGUAUGCUAAUGUGAUUCAGAUGGCAGCUAGUUGUGAAAUUUGUGGUGGUUCUCACUCUUUUAAUCAGUGUCCUGCUAGUAAUAAUGAUAACAUUCCUAUGGACCAAGCUCAGGUUCAAGAUGUGGGAAAUUUUCAGAGGCCAUUCAACAAUCCAUUCUCCAACACUUACAAUGCUGGGUGGAGAAAUCACCCCAACUUUUCUUGGAGAAACAAUCAGGGUCACCAACCUCAGUUUCAGGGUCAGUUUCAGCUGAAUAUGCCUCAACAACCAAUGAAUCAAGCCUCUUCAUCACAACAGCCUAGGCCACAAGCUCCACCAGACAGGCCUAAUGAAUUACAAGCUGCACCUCAAGGAAACUUGCCUAGCAACACUGAAAUUAAUCAUAAGGAGCAAUGUCAGGCAAUUACUUUGAGGAGUGGUAAACAAAUUGAGCAGUCUAGUGUACAACAAUCAGUGGUUCAGAAUGAAGAUUUGGGUGAAAAGUCUGAUACAGUUGAGCAAGGGGUUACUGAAGAUCACAAGAGCACAAAGAAGAUUCCUCCAGUUGUUGUUGACCAACCAGACCGAGCUUUGGAGCAGAUGCCCAGUUAUGUAAAGUUCAUGAAAGAGAUUUUGUCUAAGAAAAGAAAGAUGGAAGACUAUGAAACUGUGGCGCUCACUGAAGAAUGUAGUUCAAUAUUGCAAAGGAAGCUGCCCCAAAAGUUGAGAGAUCCGGGGAGCUUUAAUAUACCUUGCACAAUUGGAAAAUUUGAGUGUAAGCAUGCCUUGUGUGAUUUGGGGGAGGAUGCAGACGUGCCUAUCAUUCUUGGAAGACCAUUCCUAGCCACGAGCCAAGCUCUCAUUGAUGUUCAGAAGGGUGAAUUGAAGCUUCGGGUUCAAGGGGAUGAGGUGGUAUUCAAUGUCUUCAAGGCAAUGACAUAUCCGAUGGCUAGUGACAAUUGCUAUAGUGUGGAUGUGAUAGAUAAAGCAGUCUCGAAAAGAAGGAAUUUUGAAGAGUUGGCGGAGGGACCCAAACGACCAUUAACAUCUAUUCAGCAGCCGCCGCAAUUGGAAUCAAAGGCUCUUCCAGAUCAUUUUUGUUAUGCAUACUUGGGUGAGAAGGAGACUUUACCUGUAAUUGUUUCAGCUGACCUCUCAAAAACUGAAUUGGAGAAAUUGUUGAGGGUUUUACGGGUUCAUAAAUUGGCCAUUGGAUGGACAUUGGGGGAUAUUAGAGGAAUAAGUCCUUCAACAGUAAUGCAUAAAAUUUUAUUGGAGGAAGAUAGAAAGCCAUCUAUAGAGGCUUAG